AUUCGACCCUUUCACCAAUUUAAAUUUGAAGGCCCAAAAAAGGAGAAUUAGCAUAGUUUAUGAUUAUCCAAGAAGAACAUAGCAGCAAAGUUACGCUGAGGCUUCAGGUCGGAGAAGCUCCCUAAUGAGCUGAUCAGUUUUCUUCUAUCCAAAUCUCCGCUAUCAAUACCAAAAUGGAAGCAGCGCCCAUUUUGGUCUGCUCAAAGCUACCCUCUUUCAGUUCUAGCUCAUCAAAAUAUAACCCCUUUUCUUACAGACCUUUCGACAAACAGGUGGUGCGCAAGUUUUGUGUAAACAACUUAAACCCCCGGAGAAAUCUUGAAAUACCCAAAUCCCAUUCGCGUAGCUCUUUAUCAAUUCCCUUCAGUAAUGUUAGUUCUUCUCCGUCCCAGAAAUUCUCCUGUUGGUCGCCGUAUAAUGGUAGAUUUGGGUCAUUACUGCCAGUCCAAUGUUCACAUUCGUAUACAACAGAAACUAGAAAGGUGUUAUCUUUGGAGUCACUAAAGAUGGGGUUUUCUCAAUUGACCCCAUUUGGCUUGUUUAAGUGGGCUUUGGUGUUUUCAGUUACUAUUGCUGCUACAAAGUGGGUUGUGAAUGUACUGUUGAAUCCAUUCUUUUGGAUGUAUUUUAGUAUGACAUGGUUAUUCUGGCCUUGGUUAGUUGCCAUAAGCCUAGCAAGUUACAGUCUUUAUUGCUUAAACAAGCUUUUAAAUGGGGAAGCAAGUGAAUUAGAGCAAUUUGCUAUUGUUACUUCAGCUUUCACUUGGCUUACACUUGUCCCACCUGCACAUUUCAAUGGUUUUCUUGAAGGCUGGCCUGUUGUGUUCUUUUUCGUGUACCAUUAUUUCUUUUUCUUGAAUGUGAGUGUUCGAAAACGACUAUAUGGUGAUUACAACCCGAGAGAGCAUGACCCCAAAUGGGAUAUUAGCCUACCCAAUUGGAAGAAGUUGUUGUUUUGUGUUGGAGUUAUGGUUGGUCAUUGGCUUGCAGCGUUUGAAGGGCCGGAAUUGCAUCUUAUCCCUGGAGGAUGGAGCAAUGUGGGUAUAUGGGUUUUGAUCUUGAUGACUUUGUUUAUGCAGUAUCAUUCGACGUUGUAUUUAGCCAAGUAUUCGGAGAAGGUGGUUGUGCCUACAGCUGUCAUACAGUUUGGCCCGUAUCGGUUUGUUCGCCAUCCUAUUUAUGCUUCGACCAUGCUCUUGUUUGUUGCUUACUGUGUUGCACUUAGGGCGCCUUUGAGCUCUCUCUUCAUUGCAGUCGUUUGCUCGCUGUACUAUGGGAACAAAGCUAAGUUAGAGGAAAGUUUGAUGGUAGAGAACUUUGGUGAGAGAUAUACGGAGUAUGCAAGUAAAGUUAGAUACAAGCUUAUUCCUUUUGUUUAUUAGCGCACGUUGUUGUGAGUCGCAUAAUGUUUUCUAGUGUAAUGCGGAAAAAGAGAAUGAGAAUAUGAACACCUUAAUUGGCUUUUAUUCUUUUGUUUCAAAUGUAGUUCCCUUGUUGCUUUUUUUCUUUUGUCGGGAUUUCCUGUUUAUUGAACUUGUUUUUAACUUACUCAAGGCCACUUGUAUCCUCA